ACGUCUCCAAAUAAUGGUUGUACCGUACAUACAUUAACCCGCCAAGCCCUCACGAGUCGAACCGCCCGCCUUUUCCCGUCAACCGCCAAGAAGAAAACGACUACAAAUCAAUAACAACGAGUAUCCAUAGCAUAGCAUGGACGUUCCAGCGGCAAUCCCUACACAACAGCACAGCCCAGCCCAGUCCUCCACACUACAAGUCAACUUCUCGUGGAAGAAGUUCAAAGCCCUCAUCACCGAACAAGACAACCCUUCCAAUCCAGUCUACGUUGUGCACUUCAAGCCCCUCAAGUCACCACAAAUUGAAAUAAAAUCCGGAACCGACGACAGCACCAUCGGAAACGGCACCUUCUCCACCUUCUCCAUCGACGCCCACUUCGAAAUCCGAGGCCAAAAAGGCACCCUGAAAGCCCUCAAGCGCUUCAAGACGGUGUACACCCACCUGUCACGAGCCUUCUCCGACAACGACUCCCCGGUCACCAUGACAUGGAACAAGAGCAGCGGCCUGAAGACGUGGGACUUUGUCUGCCUGGACGAGCAGCAGAUGCCCGUGGCAAGAUUGUCGGCAAACGUGUGGGCCGCGGAGAAGCUGGGCAAGAUUGAGUUUCUAGGGCCAAAAGCUACGUCUGUGGCGGUUAGGGACGAGAUUGUGGUCACGGCAUUGACGCUAUUUUACUGUACGGCGCACCGUUCCAGCAGCAUCCUCAACUUAUUCGGUGCUAUGUUUGCUCGGCCGGGUCCUCUUGGAAAGGAUGGGCCGGCGGAGACGCACUUGGAGGGCGGGAGGAGUAAUAACCGGGGUGGCAGCUUGGACUAAUCAAGGGACAGGUGUCGGGUACAUAUUCGGAAGCGCACAAAUAGGGGUGGCCUCUCCAAGGCGAGAUGAACAUUUCCAGUUCAGCGUCACUAAGGGAGUGGCCCGCUGCGACCCGUAAACGGGGUACCGUAACCCUUCGUUGUGGGAUCCUAUCCGCACGUUUAGAGCCCUGGGAAAAGACCACGUGGAAACGAUAUGAUGACAUAUAGAAAACUGAAAACACAAGCUCCCAAACGUUCUGCUGAGCGUUUCUAAACACUUGUAGAGAACGCAGUAUUUGAGCUACUUUCCAUGUCAUUCUUCAAAAGGAUAUCGGGUUCUGUUC